AUGCUGGAACCAGAUCUUUUUAACGUACAUGAAUCCUGGAUCGAGUUCUUCAUCCUGAUCUGGAUGAGGAGGGAGCCUGAGAAAGUGAUGCCUGUAGGGCUUCAGUUUUAUGUCAGGGUCUGUCUGUGUGCCGAAGCAGGGACACACCUAAAGCAUGCAGGAAAGGGGGCCUUGAGGAGCGGGAUUGGGAACCACAGCUCCAAGGAAACAUUAAAAGCUGAAAAAGAACUUCCUCUACAUCGAGAUGAUUCAGUUGAGGUGGCUCGGGCAUUUGUAUCUGAUGCCUCCUGGAAGCCUCCCCCAGGAGGUAUUCCAGGCACAUCCCACUGGGAGGAGACCCAGGACACGGCACAGGACAUGAGGUCUUGCUCUAUGCAUUGUUACCUUGGUUUAGAAGAAUCUUUGGAAAGUCCCAUGGACCGUGAACCUCACCAGACAUCUUACCUUGGCUGGCAGCCUGACCAGAUCAGAGUACCGUUUCAGUUGCGAAAAUUGUCCACCCUCCUCGAAGGAUUACCUCCCAGGCUCCUGUCGGCACCUCACUCUGGAUCUGUACUCAGUCCCGACACGUUCUCUCCCUGGCGGAUACCGACGCCCCAUCAUUCAGUCUGGCUUCCUUGUCACCGGACCGUCGUUCCUGUCUUUAAAUAAAAUAACUAAAACGUU